GGUCUAGUUACAGGUCUGUCACGGUUGUGGUCCGGCAGCAGCGUAGGUAAGAGCAAAGGCACAGACAUGGAUGACGAACCUGAAAGAACAAAACGCUGGGAAGGAGGCUACGAAAGAACAUGGGAAAUUCUUAAAGAAGAUGAGUCCGGAUCGCUGAAAGCAACCAUUGAGGACAUUCUUUUCAAGGCUAAGCGAAAAAGACUCUAUGAGCACCAUGGACAAGUUCGACUUGGAAUGAUGCGUCACCUUUAUGUGGUAAUUGAUGGAUCAAGAACUAUGGAGGACCAAGAUUUAAAACCCAACAGGCUUACUUGCACUUUAAAGUUAUUGGAAUAUUUUGUUGAAGAGUACUUUGACCAAAAUCCUAUUAGUCAGAUUGGCUUAAUUGUAACGAAGAGUAAAAGAGCUGAAAAAAUGACAGAACUUUCAGGUAACUCAAAAAAACACAUAACUGCUCUGAAGAAAGCAGUAGAUAUGAACUGCCAUGGAGAGCCAUCUCUGUAUAAUUCCCUAAAUUUGGCUAUGCAGACUUUAAAGCAUAUGCCAGGACAUACAAGCAGAGAGGUUUUGAUAGUCUUCAGCAGUCUAACAACAUGUGAUCCAGCCAACAUCUAUGAUCUAAUUAAGUGUUUAAAAGCGGUUAAGAUCAGAGUAUCUGUCAUCGGUCUAAGUGCUGAAGUUCGAGUUUGUACCGUACUUGCCCGAGAAACAGGUGGAACGUACCAUGUUAUUUUAGAUGAAACUCAUUAUAAAGAACUGCUGAUGCAUCAUGUUAGUCCUCCACCUGCCAGUUCAAGUACUGAAUGCUCCCUUAUUCGAAUGGGUUUUCCUCAGCAUACUAUUGCGUCUCUAUCUGAUCAAGAUGCAAAGCCAUCCUUUAGCAUGGCGCAAUUGGAAAACAACAGUGAGCCAGGUCUUACACUGGGUGGAUAUUUCUGUCCCCAGUGCAGAGCCAAAUACUGUGAACUUCCUGUGGAAUGCAAAAUCUGUGGUCUUACGUUAGUGUCUGCACCUCAUCUGGCUCGAUCUUACCAUCACUUGUUUCCUUUGGAUGCCUUUCAGGAAGUUCCCCUGGAAGAAUAUCAGGGGGAACGGUAUUGUCAAGGCUGCCAGGGAGAAAUGAAAGAUCAAAAUGUUUAUGUAUGUAAAGUAUGUCAGAAUGCAUUUUGUGUGGAAUGCGACUUGUUUGUUCAUGAUUCUCUGCACUGCUGUCCUGGCUGUAUUCACGAGCACCCUACUCCUGCAUCUGUAUGAUGCUUUCUCUUUUUGGGGGUUGUCAUAUCUGUUUCAUUCUUGCAUGAAUCUGUUGUGUUUAUUCAGCCAUCGCUUUCACUGAGGCACAUCAAAACAAGAAGGAAGGCCUAGAUGAAUACAAAAGGAUAAACGCUGUCCUGGGAGCAAAUUUAAUUUUUAUAUAAGGUGUGAAUGAUUUUUUUUUUUUUUUUACUGUUAAUAUAUUCAUGGCUCAUCUGUAUUGGAUUUGUUUUCUUUGUUCUUGUUUGAAAGGCUCUGAUUUUUUUCUGAGUAUUGUGGGUAGCAUGUAAAUUUGUAAAUGUAAAAGUGAUAAAAUUGGUUUGUAUGUUAACGCGAUGAUUUACGUUUGUUUCAUUGUUUGUUUAAAAAAAAAAGCCUUGAAAAUAUA